AUGAUUGUUGCUGUUUUGUAUAUUGUUUUGGCCACUUUGAAGGGAAAAGCAAAGCCAAUUCAUGCAUUUUGCUCUCUUGAAAGCUUGGAAAUACUAUGCAGCAGCGAAAAAAUAUUCUUGGAUGGAACAUUCAAACUUGCACCUAAACUUUUCUGUCAAUUGUAUACACUUCAUGGCUCGUUCAAGGGGAAAAUUUUCCCAUUAGUUUAUAGCUUUCUCCCAAACAAAACAAAGGCAACAUAUUUGACUUUGUUCAAAAAUUUGAAAAUACAGGCCGAAAAGUUUGGGUUCAAGUUUCAACCACCUUCUGCUAUGUUAGAUUUUGAAGCAGGAGCAAUCAAUGCUUUAGAGGAAGUGUUUCCGUUCAUCAACGUCAAAGGAUGCUACUUCCACUAUUCCCAAGCAAUUUGGAGAAAGGUGCAAGAGUUGGGCCUGGUAAAGAACUAUGUAAAUAGUGAGGAGACGCGAACAUGGAUCCGUAGGAUUAUUGCCCUUCCGCUAGUGCCAAUGGAUGAAGUAAGUGAAGCUUUCCUCCUGCUUCUUGAAGAUGCCCCACAGCAAACAAGAGCAGUGAGAAAAAUGAUUGACUAUGUAGUAGACACCUGGCUGGACGAAAAUAAUGCGACAUUUCAGAUGGACUCGUGGAAUCACUUUGAAACGAAUGACAAUUUGAGGACAAACAACAAUGUUGAGGGGUGGCACUCAAAACUAAGCAAAAGAGGGCUGCCCCCUCACCCUAAUAUCUUCAGCUUAGUGAAAGUGCUUCAGGAUAUUGAAGCUGAAAAUGAAGCUGAGAGAAGAACGCUUCGAAGUAGAAAGCAAAAGUCCACCCAGAAAAAACAGUACAGAGUGCUAAAUGAAAGACUAGCACUAUUGAAACAGCGUUUAAUUGAUAAUAAUAUUCAACUUAAAGCAUACAUGGAUGCUGUAGCAUAUUUAGCAAGUACAAAAAAAUAA